CCUUGCUUUGUGUUCACAGCAUGUCAGCGAAGCCUAUAUCUUUCACAUCGACAGACAAUAAGCCAUCAUCUACCACACAACAUCUGACAUUUGGCCCAUUUUCCGCCCCAGAACACUUACCACCCUACUCUCCGCCAACCGCUCGUCAACUACAUCUCACCAGCCCUCCCACCUCACCAGGCGGCAACUGGUUUUUUUUCCCACCUAUUUUUCGUUUCGCUUUGUGGAGGCGGCGUGUUUCUUGCAGGAAUUCCCCUCUCUAGAAAAA